AUGCCAGUCAUCAAAACCAACAAAUCCUCCCAAGGAGACGACUUCCCCGAAUUCCCCUACAAGGGCUUCACUGGGAUCCUCAUAGUGUACGCUCUCUUGGCUGGUACCAUCCUCACAGUUAUUUUCUGCUUCAUUAUGUUGGACAAGGCCUGUACUUCUGCCGCCACAUACCUUGAGAAUAAAUGGGGAGGAAAUAAGAAGGUUGAAGGAAAUGCCCCUGAGAUUAUUGCGGUGAAUGAGGAGCAGGAUGUUGAGAAUGAGAAGGGCGAAACUGAGAAUGAGGACAACAACAAUCGUACGGACAGUGAGAUGGCCUUGAGAGGUGCUUCUAUUAGCUAUGGCACCUUCUAG